AAAACAGUCCGACUCGGUCCACCACUGCCUGUCCUGUCACAUGUAGCAAAAUGUCUGUUAUUAGCUAACUUUAGCUAAUUUUCGGUUACAGCCACAGCAGGCAGGCACUCUGCGGACAUUUAUUAGCUUAAUAUUUCAUCAGUGAUCAGUCAUUCAGCAGUGACCUCAGGACCGUUUCAGACUUUGGAUGGAGUCAGCGCUCUUGUUUUCAUCGUUUUGUGUAGUCACAGAGAGGAACCUGAGGGUUCUGGAUUCAGGCCAUCCUGCACAUCAGCGAGAGAAGAAUGGUCAAGUAUUUCUGUAAUAACACAGACAUCAGGAGCACAUGGGACCAUGUUGUCUCUGCUUUCUGGCAGAGGUAUCCUAACCCAUUCAGCACCCAUGUUCUCACAGAGGACGUCGUGUACCGGGAGGUGACCACGGACCACCGGCUCCUCUCCAGACGCCUCCUGACCAAGACCAAUCGGCUGCCUCGCUGGGCGGAGCGGUUCUUCCCCGCUGGCAUGUCUCGCUUUGUGUACAUCGUUGAGGACUCCAUCGUUGACCCUGUCAACAGAAGCCUAACCACCUAUACCUGGAACCUCAACCACACAACUCUCAUGUCAGUUGAAGAACGUUGCGUUUUCCAAGACUCGGCGGAGCAGCCAGCCACCACCCAGCUCAAACGGGAGGCGUGGAUAUCCUCAAGCAUUUAUGGCUUCUCCAGACCUAUUCAGGAGUUUGGAUUGGCCCGCUUCAAGAGCAACCAGGUGAAGGCCAUGAAGGGGCUGGAAUACGCACUGUCCAACUUACAGGGAGAGAUGCCCCAGCGGCUGCUCAGGGACUCAGUGAAGGACGCAUCGGGAAAAGCCAAAGAAGCAGCCAAGAACCUGGCCUCAGCUGCUAGCGCCCCACAGAAACCCCAGCAGUACAUCUGACAGGAUGAACUGCGCAGGUGACAUGAACUCAACACGCUGCCUUUUUUACUUCUCGAUCACCUCAGCUACGCUGAAGUUCGGCCGGGCACUUUUUGUUUUGUCCCCGGGGA